AAAAAAGCCCAAAAACCCGACUCCGUUUUCAAAUUUGUUCAUGGUAUCCAAAAACCCGAACCCGCCAGAGGGCCUUUACUUGGAUCCGGACGAAAUGGCCUUACCGGGACUCGGUCCAUUCGCCACGGCGGCGACCACCACCGCCGUGUCGACGACGACUUCGUCGGCGGAGGAUCUGAGCAAGAAGAUUCGGAAGCCGUACACUAUCACCAAGUCCAGAGAGAGCUGGACUGAGCCCGAGCACGAUAAGUUCCUCGAAGCGCUUCAGCUAUUUGACCGUGAUUGGAAGAAGAUUGAAGCGUUUAUCGGGUCGAAGACAGUUAUUCAGAUACGUAGUCAUGCGCAGAAGUAUUUCCUGAAGGUUCAGAAGAACGGGACAAGCGAGCAUCUACCUCCACCUAGGCCGAAAAGGAAAGCUUCUCACCCUUACCCUCAGAAAGCCUCAAAAAAUGCGCUGGCACUCCCACAAGUGUCUGGUUCAUGUCAAUCUUCAUCGGCGUUACUUGAAUCUGGGUUUAACCAAAGGCCAGAUUCAGCAUCGGUGCUUAUUAGUCCCAGGGCUGGUGGGGUAGUCCCUUCUUGGCCUAAUGGUUCUGUGCAAACAGCCAACCCAUCGCAUGAGAAUAAAGGGCCAACUAGGCCGAGUUGUCAUAGCGCAGAAAGUACUCCAAAAGCUCAACCAGCCAGUGAAACAACUGAUCAAGGGAAGCGUAGCCAAAAUCAUGGCCAACAUCCAUUGAGAGUUCUGCCUGACUUUUCUCAAGUAUACGGCUUCAUUGGCAGUGUUUUUGACCCGAAUAUUUCAGGGCACCUGCAGACACUGAAGAAGAUGGACCCUAUAGAUGUUGAAACGGUGUUAUUGCUGAUGAGAAAUCUAUCCAUGAAUUUGACAAGUCCUGAUUUUGAAGAUCAUAGAAAGUUGCUGUCAUCCUACAAGAUUGAUGGUGAUUCAACAGACCACCUUGAUGUGAGUAAAAGCCUUCAUACUGACGAACACAAGAGUGUUGCCUAAGUGGGCAGUUGUGAAGUUAGAAGCUUCUUUCUCUACAGUCAGUGGUGCUGACAUUAUAGAUUGAAUCUUGCAUGAGGGGUGUGGACUUCUAGCAGAUGAAUCACCAAGAAUAGGGCAGAUUAUCAGAAAGCUUUAGGUUCCAUGUAGCUGUUGACAUUAUCUAGCACACUACUAUAUAUAUAUAUAUAUAUAUAGCUGUAGUAAGCUGAUUGACUACAGGAAGUGUUCAUAAUUUGUUGUAUUAUAGUGUGUUCAAGGAAAAGCAAUACGUUUUGCAGGAGUGUAGAGUACAAGUUUUAGGUUCAUGUGGUUCUGUAAAGCCGUAAGUUUCUGUAUAUUCAUUCGGUUUUUAUCACAUCAAGUGUGUUUUACG